CCAAAGUCGCUGGACACAACUCCAUUUGGCCCACUGAGCGAGUCGACAAGCCGCAAGGUGUUUGCCUACUUGAUUGGCAUACUCAAUGCCCAAUACCCUGAUAACGAUUUCACCUCGUUGGAACCAAUGGACUUCAUCAAGAUUUCCUUCAGCUCGUUGAGAUCGAAGUUUGACAACACGCUCAUAUCCUUGGGGAAGAGCGAAGAUAUGGAGUUUCUCUGGGACAUUGUAAAUUCCCAGAUGGACCUACAGGACUGUGUCUACUUCGAGCUCAACACUGAAGACGAUGAAAAGUUCUUCCUCAGCGAAGAACCUGGCCAACUCUGGACGAUGAAGUGGUUCAUCUUCAACAAGAAGAAGAAGAGGGUUGCAUCCUUAUACCUCGACGGAUUCAGACUCAAUAACUCC